AUGGAACUUUGCAACACCCAAACUUCUGUUUUAUUAAGAAAAUCCUGUGCUACAAGUAAAAAGAAGAAAGGUAACACUUAUUUAGCAAAUUCCAUAGAAGGGUCAGAAGAGAAAUUUAAUAAAAGCUAUGGAAGAAUAUACACACUUUCAUGUUUCACAAAUACUCUUUUUCUUAUAUUAUUAUUUCUAUUAUUACAAAACGAACAUGCACAUGAAGAUAAUGUAAUUUCAGAAAUACAUUGGAAUACUUUAUGCACAAGGAAAUUAGGAGAAGCGAAUUGUUCAAGUUCACAGAGACCCAAUAGUAUGUAUAGAAAUGAUGGUUAUAGUCCGGAUGGUUAUAGUCCAUAUGAUAAUACGAAUAAAGAAUUAGUGUACGGUGAAGUAAGUAAUACGAAUAAUCUAACUAACCUAAUACAAAACGAAGAAGGUGGUAAUGGGUGGGUUUUGAAUAAUGCUGGGGGAAACGAUUCUGUUGAUGGUAAUAAGUGUUCUGAUGGUCAACAUGGAUAUUAUUAUGGAGAAGUGCAUAACGGAUAUAAUAUUCAGGGGGGAUUUUAUCCACAGAACGGAAUGGUAGCACAACAUAACCAAAAUGAACAAAUGUAUAGUAAUAGUUCAUCUAUGAAUAAUAAUCUUGCAUUUGGACAUAUGCCAGAACCUGGAAAUUGUGCAACUAGUAAUCAAGUUGAAAAUAAUUAUGAUACUGCACCUAAUACAAAUAGUGAACAAAAUGUGCAAAAUGUGCAAAAUGUACAAAAUGUACAAAAUGUACAAAAUGUACAAAAUAUUGGAAAUGAUUUUACCUCAUAUAAUCAGCAAAAUGAAGGUCUUUCAGGAACUAAUCCUACAACAGUUAAUAACCAAAAUGUAAACAUUUCCGGUAACCAAGUUACAAGAAGUAAUCAGAUGGAUAAUUUUUCUGGUGGUAGUAGAGGCACAUAUAAUAAUUCAAAUGAAAAUAAUUAUGGUAAUGGAUAUGAUAAUUAUCAUAACCAAUAUGAUCAUUAUUACGGAAUUAAUGGAUUAGGAACAUACAAUAAUGGUUAUGAAAAUGGUUAUGGAAAUGGAGAGAAUACAUACAAUAACCAGUAUGAAAAUCCCUCUGGAAAUAGGAGCACAUUCAUGUAUAAUAAUAAACAGGAUAAUAAUUAUGGAGGUACUGAUGCUGCGUACAGUGGUCAAUAUGGAUAUCCUAAUGGAAAUAGCGGAUCAACAUAUAGCAAUCAAAAUCAAGACAUAAAUGAAGAUAUGCUGUGGCAGUCUUAUAGAAAUUAUUGUGGAGGAUAUUCAGAAAAUACGAGAGGUACACAUAAUACUCAAGAUGAUGUGUAUCCUGGUGAUAUGUGGAAUGGAUAUAAAAAUCAAAUUCCAAGUGAUGGUGAAACAGAGGGGGAAACAUAUAGAAAUAACAACGAAUAUUCUUCUUAUGAACAAUCCAACAGAAGUAGCAAGCAUUAUAAUAGAAGGCAUUCCGAAAAAGAAGAUACCGAUAGGCAUAGUACGCGUGAAACCUCUGAAAAAAUGAGCAUAAAUGAUAAAAAGAAAAAAAAUAAAGAAGAAUUUGACAAACGCCGUAGGGAAGCAAAAGUUAUGGAACAAGCAUCUGCUGAUCAUAUAAAAGGACUCAUUGAAAAAUUAGGAUCCAAGGUAAGCAUGAAGGAAAUGAUGGAUGUAUUUAAUUGGGUGAUUUUUCAUGAGAGAAAAAAAUAUUUUAUCAUGGAGGAAGGCGUAAUGGUAUUUUGGGAAAAUUUAUCAGUAUCUUACGGUAUUCCAAGUUAUUAUAAGGUUAGACAAUGGAUGAAAGCCUAUGAUGGUAUGACAAAAGAAUUACUAUAUUUGGAAAAAAAAUUAUAUGAAUCAUUAAUGCGUAUGCUUCAACAUGGAUCAUAUUCACGUACAGAAUAUUUGAACUUUGUAAAAGAAGUAAAAUAUGCAUGUCAUAAAAUAAGAAAAGAUAUGGAAAGUGAAUGGCAAGGAUAUUUGAAUUCUAAAGUUCAAGGAUUUUGGGAAUAA